UGAGCAGGCAUACUAGCAUAUGGUGUGUAUGCCUAUAGUAACACCAAGUGCAAUACCAUCAAACGUCUACAUAAAAAUCUAAACGGCUCCUGUUGCUUUGUGCAAAAAGCAAUCGAAGCCUCGUUUAGAGCUACGCACGCAAUUCUUGCUAAAACUCUCUUUGAAGACGAGAAAUAAGGAACCGAUGUAAUCUCCACUCUCUGGUGUUCAACUGGGACAACUUCAAUGCUUCUUCUCCUUCCAGCCGCUCUCCUCAUCAUGGAUGUCAUUGUGGUGGAGAACAUCUACCUGCUGGUUCUGGUCACUCUAAUCAGCGUGCUGCAGAACGCUUUUUUUGCUCUGAAGGUGGAGAAGGAAUGCAAGUUUCACGACACGCACACCCCAGCCUUUGAGCGAGUGUCCUGUGCAAGCCGUAACUGCAUGGACGCCUACGCCACCUUCCUGGCAGUCAUGUGGUGUGCCGGCCUGUGUCUCAGUCAAGCUCCUGCUGCCUUUGCUGGCCUGAUCUACCUGGUGGUCCGCCACAAGUAUUUUGUGGGCUACAUGGGGCAAAGCUCCCAGAGCACUCCAGGCUACCUGUUUGGCAAACGUAUCCUGUGCUUCCUGGUGUUAAUGUGCACGGUGGGGAUCUUCAACUACGUGCUGGUGUGCUGCUGCGGCAGCAACUACAAGGACUACUUGGAGACAAUCACCAAGGCGGCUUCUGCUCUCCUGCUCAUCCCCUAAAAGUCUUUAAGACACACCACACUACAAAAGGACCACUUUUGUAUUUCCCUUUUAUUGCAGUAUCACAGCGAAUAAAGUACAUCAUAUA